UUUCCUGUACGGCUUUUAGAGUCUAAUUCAUGUAUUUAAAAAACCUAGUGAGCAGAAGUGAAAUACACCUGCAGAAGAUGCAUAGAUGUAUUGCACAAAAACUAUGAGCUAAAUUACUAAAAGCAAUUUUCCAACAGACAAAAAGAAAACGGACUCUGGUUGGGAUGUCAAAGACAAAUCCUAAAGUAAAGGUUAAUAAAAGGAUUCAUGAAAGGAAAACAGGCGGUGAUGCAGGAUACAAAGACUGUGUAAGCACUGAGGAACAAUCCGAGUAUGAGGAAGUAAACCCGAAUCCUACAAGAAGUCACCGGAAAACUAAUGUUAACAUUGCACUCAAUAUAACCAACAAAGGGUCCAAUCAAGUUAAUUCUUGGCUUAAAACGAACCGUGUUCCAUGGCGGUUGCUACUAUUUAUAAGUGGCUUUGUGAUCACAAUAGUUCUGACAAUUAUUGUCACUUUCUUUUCAACAAAAGAUAAAUGUUCAGAAAAGAAAACACAACAACAUACAUCAUGUUUAUCAAAUCCCUGUCUUCAUUCUGGUUCUUGUUAUGAAUCAGGCAAAAAUUACGCCUGCGUAUGUCCAAAUGGAACAGAAGGCAGUCGUUGUCAAGAUGAAUUUUAUGAAGCGAUAACAUCACACGGAUAUCCGUUAGAAUACAAUAUCCAAAGUCCUAAAACAUGGAAUAUUAAUGUUGGUGAUGGAAACACUGUCAGAAUCAAGUUUACUGAUUUUGUACUCUCUGCUGGAGAAGAUGUAAAAAUAUAUAACGGACAACCUUUGGGAAUCUUCACGGGUUAUACUGGAAAUACUCUUCCACAAAGGGAAUGGACAUCCACAGGAAAAAUAGCGACAAUGGUGUUUACAUGUUCACAUUACGACUGUCACACACAGUCUGGAUUUCGUGCAGUUAUUUAUAAAAGAACUACAAUUUAAUUUUCGGAACAUGCGUACUUUGUUACAUUAGUUAGGAUGAAGUCAGGAAAUGUUUAGGAUCAUAUAUUUUGUAUAAUUACACCUUAUAUAAGAAUGCCAGCUUUUGAUUGGCUGAUAGCCAUUGUAUUUUUUGCAUAUUCUAACUUUUUUUCCUCAUUUGAAACGAAUCUGCCUGUUUUUCACCACUGCCGGUGAAUAUGCCUCAAAUACCAUGGUUUUUGCCAUUUUGGAUAUUCCUUUUUUACCCUCGCGAGCAUCUUCCCGCCAUUUUUUUUUUGGAUAUGACGUUACAUAAAGAUAGCGCGAACGCGUAUACGUACCUGUAUAGUUCCCGCGGUAUAUUUUAUGACAGUACUUUUCCUCAAAUAAAUAUUUCCUUUUCCUAGUACAGAGAGUUUAAAUUAAAAUU